UGACACAUCCGGUUGCUAGCUUAGGUAGCUUGGUGCUAACAGCGCGAAGGGACAGUUAUACUUCACGAAACUGUCCACGAUGUCUGCUCUAAUGUGAACCAUCUCCACUGCGGAUGCUUGUAUCUUUUCAGCCGGAGUCGACUGGAGAGACCACUGUUGUGUACGGUUGUCAUAACCUGUAAAAGUGGCUGUAGUUUUCAACAACAACAUGUAAAGAGCCAUAAAGGGCUACCUAAUGGCUAUCUUAUAAAGGGGCAUAAAUUGGGGCGGCUGGAAGAGAGGACGUACUGUGUUGGGAACAACACGUAGCGGCCAUCCUAGCUGUAGGUUGGCCAGAACUGGAGGAUGACCAGCCUGUUCAAGCGCAGCAGUAGCAAUGGAGGGUCCAGAAGCGGCGGCGGCGGCGGCGACGGGCAGGGUGAGCUCAACAACAGCAGACCCAACCGGCAGGUCCGCCGCUUGGAGUUCAACCAGGCAAUGGAGGACUUCAAGACCAUGUUUCCAUCGAUGGACUAUGAAGUCAUCGAGUGUGUCCUGCGUUCCAACAACGGAGCCGUGGAUGCGACGAUUGAUCAGCUUCUGCAGAUGACCAUUGAUGGACAGGUUUCAAACGACAGCUCUGACUCUGAUGACAGCAUCCCGCCAGAGAUCCUGGAGAGGACUCUUGAACCAGACAGUUCGGAUGAGGAACCGCCUCCUAUCUACUCCCCGCCCACAUACGAUAUGCACAUUUAUGACAGAAAAUUUCCAGAAGCCACACCAGCGCCCCCGCCAAGAUUUGAAGCCCAGCCGCCUUCAGGUCAUAAGGAGGUCAGAGGUUUCCGAAACUGGAACCCUCCUUUGCUUGGGAAUCUGCCAGAUGAUUUCCUGAGGAUCCUGCCACAACAAUUAGAAAUUAUAAAGAGCACUCAAGGCCAUCUCCCCCAACCUGCUUCGUCAUCCUCAUCUUCAGGCUCUUCAAUGGACCACUGGACAGCCCGGUCAACCGCUCGAUGUGGAGCUGCAAGCACCCCCGGUGGUCCAGGUGCUACAGAGCAAGACAAGAAGCUGAAGCAGUAUCUGGAAGACGAGCGCAUCGCCCUUUUCCUCCAAAACGAGGAGUUCAUGAGAGAGCUGCAGCGAAAUCGGGACUUCCUUGUUGCCUUAGAGAGAGAUCGCUUGAAGUAUGAAUCCAAAAAAUCAAAGCUGGGUUCAUCGAGCGUGGAGAACUGCGCAGGGGAACCGUUAUCUGCAUCUUCUUGGGAGGCCGUGUCAGACGACGCACUCUUCAGAGACAAACUCAAACAUAUGGGCAAAUCCACAAGAAGGAAGCUGUUUGAAAUUGCCAAAACCUUCUCAGAAAAGACAAAAAGAAGAAAGUCCAAAAGGAGAGCACUUCUAAAGCACCAUUCAUUGGGGACCGCUAAUUCCACAGCCAAUCUCCUUGACGAUGUUGAAGGGAACUCCUGCGAGGAAGAAUGUCAAUCUAGAAGAGGGGUCACUCAGGAAGAGAACGAGCAACGCAACGAGCCAGACUCAUGAUCCUCCCAGGCGCCCAUGAUAUCAUGGUUGCUUCGGUUGAAUGAGAAUCGGUGAUGGCCUCGAAGUCCUCACCCAAAAACCAGCCAACGGAAAGCUCUGCUCCCCUCCUUCCCAUCCUAAGGAGAGAAAAGCAGGGCUCUUCUUCUCUGGAUGGACUGUCAAUUCUUAUGUUAUGAAAUACAGUAUUCCUGUAUUGUUUAUGUACCAUUUUAAGUGUAAAGGAAAAUGUAUUAGUCCCUUCUUUUUUCUUUUUUUUUUUUUUUUAUGAACCGCUU